CCCCACUUCACUUCCUAAACUAGACUAGAAACGCCCUCCCAUCCCUUUCUGUGGUUCUUCACUCAAAUCAAACGCUUCCUUCCUCUCCCUCCGCUUCUCCACCCACCUCCUCAGUCUCCAGCUUCAAUGGCCACCGCGAGGGUGAUUCCGGCCGCCGCCGCCGCCUCAUGCCUCUUCUCCAAGACUCCAUUCCUCAGGCCCCUCGGCCCGAAUACCCUCUGCUUCAACCGGAAGCAGCUCAGCUCGUCCACUUCCCGGAGGCUGUUCACCUGCAGCGCUAUCUACAACCCUCAGGUCCAGAUCAAGGAGGAGGGCAAGCCCGAGACCCUCGAUUACCGCGUCUUCCUCGUCGAUAAUUCUGGCAGAAGGGUAUCUCCUUGGCAUGACGUACCAUUGCAUUUGGGCGAUGGUGUUUUCAACUUUGUAGUUGAAAUACCAAAGGAGUCGAGUGCAAAGAUGGAGGUCGCCACUGAUGAGCCAUUCACCCCGAUCAAGCAGGACAUAAAGAAGGGGAAGCUCCGAUAUUAUCCGUACAAUAUCAACUGGAACUAUGGGUUGCUCCCACAAACCUGGGAAGACCCAUCAUUUGCUAAUUCUGAAGUUGAAGGGGCAUUUGGGGAUAAUGAUCCAGUUGAUGUUGUGGAGAUUGGUGAAACACGAAGAGACAUUGGGCAGAUUCUCAGGGUCAAGCCCUUGGCUGCCCUAGCAAUGAUUGAUGAGGGUGAACUUGACUGGAAAAUAGUAGCAAUUUCGUUGGACGAUCCGAAGGCUUCCUUAGUGAACGAUGUUGAUGAUGUCGAGAAGCAUUUCCCAGGUACCCUAACAGCAAUCAGGGACUGGUUCCGUGACUAUAAGAUUCCUGAUGGCAAGCCCGCUAACAAGUUUGGUCUUGGCAACAAGCCAGCAAACAAGGAUUAUGCUUUGAAGGUAAUAACAGAGACGAACGAGUCGUGGGCUAAGCUCGUCAAGAGAUCCAUACCUCCUGGAGAGUUAUCUCUUGUGUAAACUUGAGACUGUUAAGAGCACCCAUCUCUUCAAGGGAAACAUAGGCUAUUCCUCUCCUGGUGAGCUCAUAUCGAUGGCACAUCAAUUAGUGGGGGGGCACAGAGCUAUAUUUAUUUACUUUUUCUUCUCAUUAUUGAGCUACAUGACACUCCGAUGUAGCUUGUCUAUGUUAAGGAUGGACACCCGUUGGUCUUAUUUAUCAUUCCGGUGAGUCAUUGAAGUACUAUUCUGGGAUUGAAGUGAGAAACAAAAGCGAUUGCAUUCUACUAUUUGCAUUCUCAUACAGUACAGCCGUUGGCAUCUUGUGAUUCAUUGCUGAUACAAAUACAGACACAAAUUGAAGAUGUA